GAAAACACAGAGAAAAUAAAAGAGAGUCCUCCAUUAUCUCCCUCUGUGGAACUCCAAAUUCUCUCUCUCUCUCUCUCUCUAUAUCAGGCUAUCCCCAUUUCUCGGUUGCCCUAGAUUUGCUGAACCCCAUUUUUUGUCUAAUAGCUCUCGAUCCCUAUAACCAUGGCUAAUGCAGCGUCAGGAAUGGCUGUGCACGAUGACUGCAAGCUGAAGUUUUUGGAGUUGAAGGCUAAAAGAACAUUCCGCUUCAUUGUGUUCAAGAUUGAGGAGAAGCAAAAGCAGGUGGUUGUAGAGAAACUUGGUGAACCAACAAAAAGUUAUGAAGAUUUUACUGCAAGUCUUCCUGCUGAUGAAUGUCGAUAUGCUGUCUAUGAUUUUGACUUUGUGACCGAAGAGAAUUGCCAAAAGAGCAGGAUUUUCUUCAUUGCAUGGUCUCCCGAUACAGCAAGGGUCAGAAGCAAGAUGAUUUAUGCAAGCUCCAAGGACAGAUUCAAGAGAGAACUGGAUGGUAUUCAAGUAGAGCUGCAGGCUACUGAUCCAACUGAGAUUGGUCUUGAUGUUAUCAAAAGUCGGGCCAGCUAAGAUGUCUGCGGUCCUAGCUUGGCAAUCAACUUAUGCACUCUGUUUUACUUUUUAAGUGAAAUGUUAAUAGUUUGUGGGGUUGUGAACCUUACUGAAUUAUGAUAAUGGUUUGCUGUUCAAGUUUUACCUUACAGUCUGUCUUCAUCUAGAACAAAUUCAGUGAUCACAUUUUCUUUCUGUAUGAUCUGUGGUGGAAGGACGUAUGCAAGAGUUGUGGAGUGUCCUCGUAUAGGUAAGUCCACAAGCGAAGAUGUAUCAUCUGAGGAUAGAGAACACUAUGGGUUUGUUAUUGUAACUUUGGAAAUGGAUGUUUUACCCUUUUUACAUGGCAUGCCAAGCUGUUAUGCUUCAACGGCUAGUUUUUGAGUA